AUGGCACAGAAAGCUGCCAAAACGCUAGCGACCCGUAAUGCGGCCAUUCUCACUCGCACUCAUCUCAUCUCGGCUGCAAUUCACAUCCUCUUCAUCAUUCUUCACCAAACCUUCCAACGGCCACGUUCGCUGAAGCCCUACUUCUUACUUGCUUUCCCUACCCUGAUCAUCGAAUUCUACCUCGAUCGAGUUGGCCGUCCACAAUACCAUGAAGAUGGCUCUUUGCGCUCAGCUGGUGAAGAUCUGAAUGCCACCGGCUUGACUGAAUAUAUGUGGGAUGUGUUGUAUUGGACCCAGGGCUGCAUUGUUGCUGCUUGUAUCUUCAAUGACCGUGCGUGGUGGCUGUGGACCGUAAUUCCUGUGUACUCUGUAUACUUAGUGUAUACCACAGUCAUGGGUGUGAAAAAGGGCUUUGCCGGGAUGGGUGGCGGUGGUGAAGAGGGGGAAUCUGAGAGCACGAGGAGCAAGAGAGAGCUGAAGAAGGAGAAGCGGGGCGAUCGACCGAAACAUCGGACUCGUUGA